UAUUGCCAUAUUUCUUUUAAACACUGUUGGAAUAAAUUAUUAUUCAUUAUUUGUAAUAUCGUAUUAUCUGUCCUCAAAAUAUAAACACGAGCAAGUGAACACGAGGAAAACUGUUUAUCGAUUUGAAGACUUUGAUUUUGACACUGACAGUGUUUGACCAGGAAGUAAAUUGUUCAAAAUGAGUGCGGCUUUCUGAAGUAGGUUAAGAUAGUAAAUAUACUUUAUUUCAUGAACGUUACACUGUUUCGAACUAUUUAAAUGGAGUUUCAAGAAAGGCGAUGGACUGGGAACAACUUGAGCUGAAUCCGAGGAUUAUUGCUGCUGUGAGAAAAGCCAAUUUUAGAUCAGCGAAGGACAUCCUCUGUUUCUCGGGUCCAGAUUUGCAGAGACUGACGAACUUGUCAAAGACUGAUGUUCAGCGCCUGCAUCAUGCUGUUGCAGCUGCUCUCCGCAAAUCCUCACCUGUCACAGCCUUGCAGCUGAUCCAGGGAGAAUGUCCUGCUUUGGAGCCUGGACAUAGGCUUUCUUUUGCCUGCCCCAUUCUGGACGGCCUGAUGCGUGGUGGUCUCCCCCUACGAGGGAUAACAGAGCUUGCAGGAGAGAGUGCUGCUGGAAAAACUCAGUUUUGUUUGCAGCUUUGCUUGUCUGUCCAGUAUCCACAGGAUAAUGGGGGGCUGAACUCAGGAGCUGCCUAUAUUUGCACUGAGGAUUCCUUUCCUAUCAAACGGCUACGGCAACUCAUUUCCCAGCAGCCUCGGCUCAGACCAGAUCUGCCUCCAGCUCUAAUUCACGGCAAGCAUUUUAGUGACAACAUCUACAUCGAGCAUGCAGCUGACUUGGAGGCUCUACAGGCAUGUGUGUCUCAGCGUGUGCCAGUGCUGCUGAAGAGAGGUCUGGUUAAACUGGUGGUGGUGGACUCAGUUGCUGCUCUGUUCCGUAGUGAGUUCCAGGCUGAUGAGGCUAUAAAGAGGUCACGCCACCUGCUAGCUUUUUCCAGCACGCUCCACCACCUGAGUCAUACAUAUGGUGCACCUGUACUUUGUGUCAACCAGGUUACAGAUGUUGUGGAUGGACCAAAUCCCGGAAGGUGUGAUUAUGGGCUGGUGGGGAGUAAGGUGCUUCCUGCAUUGGGCAUGGCUUGGGCUAACCAAGUGAUGGUGAGACUCAUGCUCAGGAGACUGGCGGGGUCUGUAAAAUUAGACAGCCGAAGCAGUGCUCCCCGAAAAUUAGAGGUAGUGUUUGCUCCACAUCUCCCUCGAGCAAGCUGUCUAUGUGGGGUUUGGGAAGAAGGAGUGAGAGGAAUCCCUGAUGAUGGAUCGGAACUGCAACCACAGAGCUGUUCAUGAUGAAUUAUCAACAGUGCCAAAAGGAUCAGAUAGAAGGAGACAACAGUUACAGAAUUAUGGCAGUUGACAGUUGCUAAUGGACAUUAUAAAAGGACAUUUGAAAUUGUUCAGAUGCACAAGACAAGACUGAGAAUGACUAAAAAUAUUUAGCAUUUAAAAACACACUAACAACAUUAGUUGCUAAUAUUUUGUUUAUAGAUAUUAAAUGCAAAUAAUUUUGUUAAAACUAUAAUGAUAUAUUUAUUAUAAUUUUAAAUUUUUUUUUUUUUUAUGCUCAUAACACAAAGAAUAAACUUUUUUAUUUUGGUUGGUUUUAUUCCUGGUUUUCCUAAAUACAGGUGAACAGAACAUUAUUGCUACAUCAUAGCUGCCCUUGGAAGAAAACAGGCUAUUUUCCACUCCAAUUUUAGUGAGCAAAGCAGUGGAUAGUCCAACUUUUAAAAACAUGUUCAUCAUAAAAAAAUAAAAUAAAAAAAAACACAAUCUGUGGAUAUCAUCUUCUCUCUGUUCCCUUCUGUGUAUGUAUUUCUCCAUCUAUGCCAUGGUUUGGGCAUGCCCUAGUGUAAACCUGAUUGUAGGUUAUGUGAAAAAUAUUACAUUUAAGUUGUGGAAUAUAAAUGUCAGUUACCAAUUUAUUGUCGCAUGACCCUUCUUGCCACAAGAUCAGCAUUUACCAUUAGGGCACUCUCAAACCAUGGCAUGUACAGGUGCAUCUCAAUAAAUUAGAAUG